AUGUCAAAUUCUCAUAAUGUUCGCGAGGUUUCGCCACAAAUGGGUUCCAACAACAGCAACUCCGAUUUAUCAUCUCCACCACGAUCAAGUCCUGAGAUGGAUGAUCUGCAAAGUCGUACUGUCAAUCAAUCUAAUUUAGCUGGUUCAACAUCAGAGAAGCCAGCCCGCAAGAAGGCAGUUAGAAAACCUAAAACCAAGGCUGGAGAUGUUAGCUCGGCUACCAAUACCGACGCACCAAAACCUAAAAGAGUUCGCAAACCAAGAGACCCGAACGCUCCACCUGCCAGAUCACGAAAGAAGGCCACACCUUCUGAAAACACAACUGGUAUGGGUGCAGAAUCAUCUCGACAAACAAAAAUUACGGAUGCUCCUGGUAUGCGUUUGAACGAUACCAAUUUCAGUAUUCCUGCAACCCCACCUAUACAAAACGCUAUAAUUGCCAAAUCGGGAGAAAGUGAGGCUAUCCCCAAAUCUUUCUUCAAUUCCGCCCCACCUCAAUCCCUACCACAAGUUGCUCCACCACCGCAACCACAACCACAACCACAACCACAACCACAAUCACAAUCACAAUCACAAUCACAACAACCUCAACCUCAACCUCAGUCACAAAUGUUGACACAAACAUCUCAAACUACGACUCGUACCAGUGGUCAGAAUUAUGAUCCCAUUAGAUCUAAUUAUGAUCCUGUGCGAGAAACCCUCCUCAGUCAUCACUCGUACAACAAUUCCCAAGGAUCCCCGAUUCCGCCUCAAAUUGCCAAUCGUGCUAGUGCAUCACCUUCCAUCUCCAGCCUUGUCGACCCUCCCAAUCAGCCUUUGACAUCACCAUCAGCUCAUUCCUUUUUGAUGCAUCAGCAACGUCAACAUGAUGGACAUUCCUUACCUGCGUCCCCAAUAAUUAAUAGACUUGGUACAUCGGCAAUUUCUGAUCCAACUAGUCGUACAUUUGCACCUACCCCCACACUAACGUCGCAACCAAUGCCCGCUCCAACACAACUCUCCGUUCCAAUUGUUUUGUCGCAAAAGGAGCCCCAAGCUUCCAACGGCAACUCGAAUAAGAAAAACGCAACCAACGGAAUCUCAGGAACAUCAACUCCAAAGCCAUCGACCAAGGGAAAAGAAAAAGAAAAAGAGAUUAUUCUUCUUACCCCACCGCCUCUUCGUGGUUCUGGCCUGAUGCAGCUUGGAGAUAAUGAUGGUACGGAAACUCGUGCUCCGACAAUCGUGCUUGACGUCCCCUUGAACGGCGAAGUUAACGUCUAUGUCAACUUUGCUCGUAUGGCUGAGGAGACAUAUGGCUGGGAUGCUUUACAUCCUCGACUGGCAGCUCAGCGCGAUCGACUUGCAAGAGUUGCAGCUGCAGGUGCAGCCCUGGAGCGAAAUGGUUCAAGCAAGGAAAGUGGUGAUGAAAUGUCACUGGAUUCUGAAGGAGAGGGCAGUAAUGUUGAAAUGGGUGGAAUGAGUGAUGGACGUAUUGGUACCGAUAGUGGUACAAGGAAAGCCAAGCCAAAGAGGAAGACCAAGGAGGAUGAUUACGACAAGGACGAUGGAUUUGUUGACGAUUCUGAGAUGUUGUGGGAGCAACAAGCUGCCGCUGCAAAUGAUGGCUUCUUUGUUUAUUCAGGCCCUCUCGUUCGAGAGGGUGAGAAACCCACACUCGACAGAGGUGAAGGUCCAGCAAAGAAGCCUCGCACCAGAAAGCCAAAAGUGGCUGGCGAGAAGGCCACCACUACCACAAGUCGUGCUAGUUCGAGUGGUAAGGCUGCUGGUACAUCAGUCGGAGUUGGUUCUCGUGGUGGAAACACAGCAGCCCGUAAAUCUCGUAUCACAAAAGCUGAUCGAGCACGCAUGGAGCAGGAGAAGAUUGAGCGAGAGCAGUUGGGUUCUAUGUCCGGUAUGCCUGGAGGAUAUGGCACUAUACAACUUGCCCCAAGUUUAGGAGGAACACCUAUGGUAUUCAAUCAAUAA